UGUGGGAGUUGUUCCUCUGCAGCAAUGGCUUGGCUUGUAGUCAGAUUAGCAAUAUCGCUGUCCUUAUUAUAUACUGCAUCGGCGGUAUUUGAAGACCAAGUUGGAAAAUUUGAUUGGAGGGAACAGUUCAUCGGCAAGGUGCGUUUUGCCCUGUUUGACACUCAUUCGCAAGCGUCUAAAAAGCUCCUGGUGGCAACUGACAAGAACGUGUUUGCUUCACUCAAUUCAAGGACUGGAGACCUGUUCUGGCGUCAUGUGGAUAAAACUGGACCAGAGGGCCAUAUUGAUGCGCUGCUUAUGUAUGGACAAGAUGCUGUUGUUGUUGUCGGGAAUGGCCGUCUGCUUCGCUCCUGGGAGACCACAGUCGGUGGCUUAAAGUGGGAGGCAGUGCUUGAUACUGGGAGCUUUCAGGCCGCUGCCUUAAUUGGAGUUCAAGACUUUGUGAAGUAUGUUGCUGUGCUGAAAAAAUCUGCUAUCUCUCUCCAUGACCUUUCAAGUGGCAGUCAGAUAUGGGUGGAAAACCUACCUGACAGUGACACUGUUCAGUAUCAAACUAUUUAUUCUGGUGGGAAUGGACUGGUGUUUGUUUUGGGAUUUGUGCCGAGCUCCCAUAUUGUUAUUGUUGAAUACAAAAUUGAAGAUGGAGAAAUCAUGAAGAAGAAAUCAGUUGAAGCCGCAUGGAUGUCAAGCUUGGAGAACAGCUGCGCAGUCAUCAGCUCAGGGAACCUACUGUGUGUGGAUCAGAUCACACAGUCCUUGUACACUCUACCACUGCAGUCUGCAGAACACACAGAAAUGAGACAGAUCCACCUCCAGACGCUAGAUUUGGAGGUGGCAUCUGGAUUCCAGCCUGUUCUGACGUCCACUCAACCCAAUCCGGCACAACCUCCUCUCGCUGAGUUUUUCCUUCAGCUCAGUCCAGAUCAUCACAUCCUUCUGCAGCUCAAAGAUGACCUCAUCGCUCCGCUCCGAGACUUCAAUCCAUCAUAUUUGGCAGCUUUUGCUACAUCUGGAGAGAAGACAGUUGCUGCUGUGAUGACCCCAAAGAAUGAUACUGUGAGUCACAUUUCAAAAACUCUCUUUCUAAAAAAAGUCUUUCUAUGUAUAUACUUGUAUUGUAAUGGUUUGUUUUUCUUACUCAAGGCUUGCAGCAUUAAUCUGUUCAGUGCUGACACAGGGCGAAGGCACCUUGACACUACCAUUAUCUACCACAUGGACCCUAAUGGAGGAAAGCCAAACAGAUUAUAUGUCCACGCCUUUCUGAAGAAAGAUGACUCAGUGGGCUACAGAGUCAUGGUGCAGACGGAAGACCUUACACUCACCUUUCUACAGCAACCUGGCAGAGUAGUCUGGAUGAGGGAGGAGGCCCUGGCUGAUGUGGUCACCAUGGAGAUGGUUGAUCUGCCACUCACUGGAACACAGGCAGAGCUGGAGGGAGAGUUUGGAAAGAAAGCUGAUGGGCUGUUACCCAUGGUUCUCAAGCGCCUCUCUUCCCAGUUUAUCCUGCUGCAGGCCUGGAUGGCCCACCUCUGGAAACUCUUCUACGAUGCCCGGAAGCCUCGCAGCAGCGUGAAGAAUGAAGUCACCAUAGACACACUAUCUCGGGAUGAGUUUAACCUGCAGAAGAUGAUGGUGAUGGUGACUGCCUCUGGAAAACUCUUUGGCAUCGACAGUAAAUCAGGAACCGUUUUGUGGAAACAGUAUUUAGAAGACAUUCAACCCAACUCCAUUUUCAAGCUCAUAGUGCAAAGGACCACUGCCCAUUUUCCACAUCCUCCACAGUGCACACUUCUUAUAAAAGACAAGGACACGGGUCUUGGAAGCCUAUAUGUCUUCAAUCCUAUCUUCGGCAAGAAGAGUCACAUUAGUGUCCCUGCUUUACCCCGACCUGUGCUUCAGACCCUUCUGCUACCUGUCAUCGACCAGGACUAUGCUAAAGUCCUUCUACUUAUUGACGAUCAGUACAAGGUCACAGCAUUCCCAUCUACUAAGAAUGUUCUACAGCAACUUCAAGACACAGCAUCCUCUGUUUUCUUCUACCUAGUGGACUCCAGUCAGGGAAAGCUGUCGGGUUUUCGUCUGCGCAUGGAUUUGUCUACAGAGCUGAUCUGGGAGGUGGUCAUCCCCACUGAGGUGCAGAAGAUAGUGGCUGUCAAAGGAAAGCGUGCAAAUGAGCAUGUGCAUUCCCAGGGCAGAGUGAUGGGGGAUCGAAGCGUGCUCUACAAGUAUCUAAACCCUAAUCUCUUGGCUGUGAUAACGGAAAGCACAGACAUGCAUCAGGAGCGCAGCUUUGUUGGAAUCUUCCUGAUUGAUGGUGUGACUGGCCGUAUUGUUCAUGAGGCAGUGCAGCGGAAGGCCAGAGGACCAGUUCACUUUGUGCACUCUGAAAACUGGCUGGUGUAUGUAUACUGGAACUCCAAGUUUCGUAGAAAUGAGUUUUCUGUGUUGGAGCUCUUUGAGGGAGCAGAGCUUUAUAACAGCACAGUAUUCAGCUCCCUGGACAGACCACAUCCACCUCAAGUGCUGCAGCAGUCGUAUAUCUUUCCUGCUCCCAUAAGCACUUUGGAGGCCACACUUACAGAAAAAGGCAUCACCAGCCGACACCUCCUUGUGGGAAUGCCAUCAGGAAACAUUUUAUCCUUACCAAAGAUGUUUCUGGACCCACGGAGACCAGAGUUGAUCUCAGAACAGAGUCGGGAAGAAAACCUCAUACCAUAUGCUCCAGAAAUGCCCAUUCGUACGGAGUGGUUUAUAAACUACAACCAAACUGUGUCAAGAGUAAGAGGCAUCUACACUGCCCCUUCUGGCCUGGAGUCUACCUGUUUGGUGGUUGUGUAUGGUCUUGACAUCUACCAGACCAGAGUGUUCCCCUCCAAGCAAUUUGACGUCCUUAAGGAUGACUAUGACUAUAUAUUAAUCAGCAGUGUACUCUUUGGCCUCUUCUUUGCCACCAUGAUCAGCAAACGUCUAGCAGAAGUGAAACUGCUGAACAGGGCAUGGCGAUAAGACUCAUCCUGAUGGCCUGUUGACUUCACUCUCGUCCUCACUGCAAUGUGGUUGACACAUUGAUGGCAGGAGACUAGCUGGUGACCGUGUCAAAACUGCAAGAUCAUUUGAUAAGUUUGGUGUAUUUUUGCAACCAGCUGUCUUGGGGAUCUUGUGGCGUCUUGAGUGUAAGUGCAUAGAUGGCCAUGAUAGUUUUUUCCCUUUUCAGAGAGAUGUAAUGAUGUAGGUCUUAUUUUCCCCCCAGCAUUGAACAAUACACUGUCUAAUUUGUUAAUUUAUUGUGCCUUUCGGGGUAACGGCUCUUGUGAUUUAAAGGUAGACUCGCCAAGUAUAACAAAAUAACUCUUUUAAUUUAUUUUUUUUCAUUCUAGAUUUCAUUAAGUAAGUCUGAGUCUGCCUUUCAAAGAGGCUGAAGGAUGAGUUGAUGUAUUUUCAAAAUUAAUAUUGAGGAAGGAUUAUUGCAAAGGGACUGCUAUUUUAAUUUAAAUUAAUGAAAAGAUUGAACAAUGUGAUUUGUUUUUAAAUUAAAAUAGUAGUAAUAUGAUCUGUUGAGGUGUUAAAGAAUAUAUUGCCUAAUUCCAUGUACAUGAUUUGAAUGGGCAAACACUAGUGCACAUGAGAAAUAUGACAUUUCAAGAGUCAAGACAUUUGGAUCAUUUUCUCCUGUACAUUAAUGAUAGAAGCUUCUGCAUAGGAGUUCGGGUAGUCUUUUGUAGUUAUUUUAUGGUAUGUCAAAUGCACUGGAUGGUUUGGAGCCAUGUUCUUACUUGAUAUAUUUAUGAGCAAGAUCCUAUUAUGCCAUAUACUUUGAUUUUGACUCAUA